AUAAACAAGGAUGAAGGAAAAAAAUACAUAUCAGAUUGAUCCAAAAAUUUCCUGGCCCAUUAAUGACCAAUCGUCACUUUUUCCUAUGGUAUGGUCCACCUGAGAAUUUGAUCUCCUUAAUUUUUGGGCUCAUGUCCUAAUAUAAUCUAGAAAAACGGAUGGACGGCGUGGAUAUGGUAUAUAUACAUCAAGGUGGACCCCAUGCUAAGUACCGCACUGUCCUAGGUAAGUCCGGGGCCGCACCUACCAAAUCCGCUCCCGAAAGAAAGAUGCCCUACUACUUAAGCCGAGGAAAGGAGAAGGAGUUGAGGUCUGACUACGAGCGUGUGUGGUAACGGCAGCGAUCUUCGUAGGAGGAAGGACAGAAAAGGCAACGGCUAGGAUGGAAAGGAAGAGGGCAUGCGUAACGGGAGGGACCGGAUAUGUGGGGUCUAUGCUGGUUAAACGGUUGUUAGAGAAAGGGUACGCCGUCAACGCCACCGUCAGACGCCCAGUAAACAACGAAAAGGUGUCCCACCUCUUAGAUCUACAAGUCUUGGGUGAUCUAAAACUUUUCAAGGCUAAUCUGACGGAGGAAGGCAGCUUUGAUGAUGCCAUCAACGGUUGUGAUUUUGUCUUCCAUGUGGCGACUCCAGUGCAGUUGGAGUCUCAAGACCAAGAGAAUGACAUUAUCAAGCCGUCGAUCAACGGGAUGUUGAACGUUCUGAAAUCAUGCGUCAAAGCAAAGACCGUGAGGCGUGUGGUCUGCACAUCAUCCGGGUCUGCAGUGUCGCUGAACCGGCUCACUGGGACGGGCCAUGUCGUUGAUGAGGAGAGCUGGACCGACAUCGAAUAUUUGACUUCUGAGAAGCCUCCAGUUUGGGGAUAUGCAGUGUCAAAAGUCCUAGCAGAGAAGGCUGCAUGGAAAUUCGCUGAAGAAAACAACCUCAACCUCAUCACUCUUGCUCCUGUUCUCAUCGCAGGCCCAUCUUUAACUCCGGAGGUGCCAUGGAGCGUGCGCUUGGCUCUAUCGUUGCUCAUAGGGAACGAACACAUGAUCAACUCUUUGAAACGCAAGCAACUGAUCUCGGGAUCGAUCUCCCUUGUACACGUGGAGGACGUAUGUAGGGCCCACAUCUUUGUAGCGGAGAACGAAUCAGCUUCCGGCCGUUACAUAUGCUGCGCUGUCAAUACGUGUGUACCGGAGCUUGCCAAAUUCCUCUCAGAACGAUAUCCACCGUACAAUGUCCUCACUGAUUUUGGCGAUUUUCCGGAGAAUCCUAAGUUGAGCAUCUCCUCAGAGAAGCUGAUUAAAGCUGGAUUUAGCUACAACUAUGGGAUCGAAGAGAUGUAUGAUGAAUCGGUGGAGUACUUGAGGGCCGUUGGAAUGUUGUCCAAUUGAGAGCUAUCUAUUCUUCCAUGCUCCUGCAAACUACCCUUUUAAAAUUUGUGUAAUCUCUCCUAAGAAAGAGCAAAUAUAGGUGUGAUGCCUGAUUAUCUAACUUCCAACCAACGAUGAUGUAAUCACUUGUAUUUA